UUGGAAAUUCAGAACACCACACACGCUACACGCUCCCAAUCACCCUACCGCACCUAAUCCCCCAAAUCCGACACAAUGGAGAACGAAAGAGGCGAGCUCGUAGAUCUCUACAUCCCGCGCAAGUGCAGCGCAACCAACCGCCUCAUUCGCCCCGACGACCACGGCUCGGUCCAGAUCUCCAUCGCCAACGUCGAUGCCAAUGGCCGCGCCAUCCCCGGCGACAACACCUCCUUCGCGCUCUGCGGAUUCGUGCGCGCAAUGGGCGAGGCCGACGACUCGCUGAACAGGCUGGCGCAGCAGAGCGGUCUGCUCGAGAAGGUGUGGAGCCCGGUCAAAUAAGCAUGAUAUCCUGGGAACACGAGCGUGGAAGCGACUUAGACUACGAUACCAUACGAACUGCAUGAUAGACGGAUCGCAUUGGGCUUUUGGCGCAUGGGGAUGAAUGCUGGGUGGGAUGGACUGAGUGUGAGGCAUGAGGGCCACGGCCACGGCCGCAGAGACUGUCUGCAAGAGAAGAGGCAGAAAGGAAUUCACUUCAUGUUCAAAAACUCCGCUAGACCUUGGAAUGGACGUAGCAUAUGGAAAUCAUAAACAUUCGGAAAGUGUUA